AUCUUGCUACGCAUAUUUUUGCUCGUGGUCUUGAGGAAGAGAUAGGAAAAUUACCAUUUAUUGUGAAAUAUCUAGUGAAAAACCUUGUAUCUUUUACCGAGUUGCAUCCCAAUUGAAUGCCUGAUAGGUAGAGAUUGGGGUGUGAUUGAGGGAAAGUGAUUUUAUUGGUGAUUUAGUGGAAAAUAGGGAGGAACAGUUGGUUAACCUCCCGGAAGCACAUGUUGAGGAAGCUAGGAAAAUGUCAAUAAUCAGCGAAAGGACGAUCACGUCCAUCCUCAAGGAGCACUCGAGCAUCAGCCGCGACAGGGCGCGUCUGGAGGCGCACAAUAAGGUGCGGUUCAGCUUGACGAGCCAGAAGACUGUCCAGGAUGUGCUGACGAAGGCCAUCGAUGGCAACUUUGCCGACUAUGAGGAGUACAUCACGAUGAUGAGGACCUCAGCGCUGCCGGACGAAGCCUUCUUGAAUACCGUGCGACAGUCGAAGGAGUGCAUCCACUUGCUGCGGCCGCAGUUCAUGGGCUUCGUGGAGACGCUCUUGUCGCUGAACUGGACGAAGCGCAGUGCGGAGAUUCGGGAGGAGUUCAAGGCGUUUCUGCUGGAGUUGCUGGUGACGCACAACAAGUACGCGCGGAUAGGGAUCGACAAGCUGGUGUCCACGUGGAUCCCGGAGGAGAGCGCGGCCGCGAGCUGGCCUCUGGGAGCGCCGAAUGAGGAGAUCCGAGAGAGGCUGAGCGACGUUCACGAGGUGAUGGCGAAACUGGUGGAACUCAUCCCGAUGGCCUCUUCCGUGAUAAUCCGGGCCAUCGACACCCUCUUCCCGUACUUCAGGCGCUCGGCGCACAUCCUGGGCGGCUAUCUGCACAACGUCUUCUGGCUGCUGAGCUAUCAGCCCGUGUUCACAGAAGACGUGCUGCGGAUCGUCCUCACGCGCCUGCUGAAAGUGGACGUGAAUGCGCCCAGGAACGAGAUAGAGGACGCGGAGCUCGAGGACGAGGACAUGGAGAACCUGUUCGAGAUGGAGGACGUGAAGAGCUUCAGGGAGGACGAGAUGAGGAACUCUCUGGCGGAGUCUCUGGACAUUUGUCUGGGGAAGAUCUUCGAGUUCCUGCAGCGCGAAUUGACAAAGACUUCAAGAACGCCCGAGAGGACUUUCAAGAGCAUCAUGAACGUGUUCGAAGCUGUGAUUCUGCCUGCCCACAAUCCGCACCACAUCCAAUUCUUCAUCUUCUACUCCAUGAGCCUCAGGCCGGCGUUCGUGCAGCACUUCGUGAACACGCUGUGGACCAAAGUGUGCAAUCCAAACGUGGCGCCAGCCAUGCGACAAGUCUGCGUCUACUACAUCGCGAGUCUCCUGGCGCGCGCCAAGUUCCUGCCCAUGGAUCUGCUGCGGCAGAUGCUGAAGGAGCUCUGCUCCUGGGCGCACCAGUACAUCUCGCGCUACGACUCCUCGCACUCGGACACUUCCAUCCGCGCCCACGGCGUCUUCUUCGCCAUCUGCCAGGCCGUGUUCUACGUCAUCGCCUUCCGCAGCAGGGAUCUGACCAGCGACAAGGACGAUCUCAUAUUCCUGCAGUCGCUGCAUCUCUCGGCCAUCGUCACGUCGCCACUGAAUCCGCUGCGCGUGUGUCUGCCCACGAUUGCCACGGCUUUCGCGGGCGUCACGAGGGCGCACCAGCUGACGUACUGCCACACAAUCCUGGAGCGCAACGCGCGGAAGAAGCUGGCCACCGUGUAUAUGAGCGACGUGGAGAUGCCGGAAGAGUGCCUGGACACGUUCUUCCCCUUCGAUCCGUUCCUUCUGAAGAAAUCUUCCAGCUACAUCGAGAGGAUUUACCUGAAAUACCAGGCGAGCGAAGCGGAGGAGAAGCCAGAGGAGGACUCAACGCGGAAGCGCAAAGACACAAUUGGCGAUGACGACGAUUUUAUUGCCGAGAAGCGACUGAAGGCGGAUUUGGCCAGGAGCCACGAGAGAGAGCUGCAGUUCUCCUACAGCAUCUCGCCGGGAUUUCACACGUGAAUAAAGAUCCCUUAACAGA